CCCGGGUGGCCCCAGCGCAGCUGGGGGGGCGGGACGGCGUCCCCGGGAGAACCUGGGGCCCCUCAGGGCUGCGUCCGUGACUUCUCGGAAAAGAGCGAGGGACGCGCUCUGUGGGCAAAACUGGACUCCACAGGCUCCCGACGACAAAGCCGGACGGAGAGUCCGCGAGUCCUGAACACAGGUGAGCGGCCCGGGGGAAGGCCAAGCCAGGGUCACCAUCCCGGCCGCCAUGGCCGCGCACGCCGGUCGCCUGUGCCACGUUGCCUUCCACGUGCCCGCGGGGCAGCGCCUCGCCCGCGACCUGCGGCGGCUCUUCGGGUUCCAGCCCCUGGCGGUGCGGGAAGCAGAAGGCUGGCGGCAGCUGGCCCUGCGCAGCGGCGACGCGGUCUUCUUGGUGAACGAGGGCGCAGGGCCGCGGCAGCCGCUGUACGGCCUGGACCCGCGUCAUGCGGUGCCCAGCGCCACCAACCUGUGCUUCGACGUGGCGGAUGCGGGCGCCGCCGCCCGGGCGUUGGUCGCGCGGGGCUGCAGCGUGCCGGUGCCCCCGGUCAGCGUGAAGGAUGCGCAGGGCACAGCCACCUACGCCGUGGUCAGCUCGCCCGCCGGCAACCUCAGCCUGACACUCGUGGAGCGUGCCGGCUUCCGAGGGCCUUUCCUGCCAGGAUUCCAGUCCGUGCCCUCUGCAGCCGGCCCGGGCUGGGUCAGCCACGUGGACCACCUGACCCUUGCCUGCACCCCUGGCAGCUCCCCCACACUGAUGCGCUGGUUCCGCCACUGUCUAGGCUUCCGCCACCUGCCGCUGAGUCCAGAUGAGGAUCCCGAGGUGGGCCUCGAGGUGACAGCAGGAUCUGGGCGAGGGGGACUGAAGCUCACGGCCCUGCAGAGCCCACCGGGCAGUGCUGUCCCCACCCUCGUGCUGGCGGAGACCCUACCGGGGGCUUCUAGUGGACAGGACCAGGUGGAGCAGUUCCUGGCCCGGCACAGGGGACCAGGGAUGCAGCACGUGGGGCUGUACACGCCCAAUAUCGUAGAAGCCACUGAGGGGGUAGCAGUGGCUGGGGGCCAGCUCCUCGCCCCUCCUGAGGCGUACUACCAACAGCCCGGCAAGGAACGGCAGAUCCUAGCUGCAGGGCAUGAGCCUAGCCUGCUGGCCCGAUGGGGGAUCCUGCUGGAUGGCGAGGAUGGCAAGUUUCUGCUUCAGGUCUUCACCAAGUCUCUCUUUCCAGAGGACACUUUCUUUCUGGAGCUAAUUCAGAGGCAGGGGGCCACAGGUUUUGGCCAGGGCAACAUCCGGGCCCUGUGGCAGUCUGUGCAGGAGGAGCAAGCCGCCAGGGACCAGGAAGCCAGAAGGUGGGGGCUGGGUUCAGCCUCCCGUCCUGGAGCACAGGGCCGGCUGGAACUAAGAAACACCUGCACAGGCUGGGAGUGAAGGGCUUUGUCCCUACAGGCCAGGUGUGGCCGCCAUUUCUUCGGUACCUUCCAGAAUGUGAAGCUCUCACUAGGGUCCAAAGAGGUGGGAUUUUUUUUUUAACUAUGAAAUAUUCUUAUUAGUCUAUUACUUAUAUGCAAGAUAUAAAAAAUAAUAAAAGAAUUACAUAAUUAGGA